AGUGUUGAAAAUUGGUGGUUUAGGGUAAAUCCGGGAUAGAUGCCGCAGCUGGAUAGUUGCCCCAUUUUCUAAAAACCUAACUUCGCAAAAUCGCAACACAGCGUUAAUAGUCUAAACCGAGAGCGCGUGCGCCCCAUGCUCAGUGCCCCGCAGACCAUCGCACGGGAUUGAUGUGUUUAGCUCGUGCGUGCGAUUAUCUCCGCGACGAACACGACGAAUGCUUCAAAGUUUCAAACGUAAGUAUUUACUGUUACGUAUCUUUUUUAUGUAGUAAUAAAUUCUGUUUUAUUUUUUUAUAUACAUAUAUUGGUUAAUUAACUAUAUAUCUACUUAUUAAUAAUUACCCUUUUGUAUUUAGUUAAUUCAAAAAAUAAAAGGGCAUCUAUCCAUAACAAAAAGGAUAGUCGCCCCAAUUUUUUGCAGUAUAGAUGCCCUUAGGGGCAUCUAUCCCCCAUAAUACUAUACAUUAUAUGAUAGCAUAUUUUUAAAAUUACUUUUUUUUUAUUUUGAUAUAAUUCUUAUUGCGUUUUCAUAUAGAUCUCUACUGAUGGUUUGUAAUGUUCUUUGGGGCUGUAUACCAUCAUAGUGUUGAAAAUAUAUUUCAAGUAUUAUGUUGUUUAAUGAAUGUGUAUUUUUGUUUGUUUCUACUAAUCACAGUUGAACCAUGCCACGAAGAUAUAAAAGAAAGGAAGGAGUACGACCUCGAAUAGUUUCUUGGACUACAGAGGCAUUACAAAACGCUUUUGAUGAAAUGGACAAGAAUAUCAUGGGGAUAAACAAAAUAUCCCGACAAUUCGGAAUUCCGUCCAGAACAUUACGGAGACGUUAUGCUGCUAAAAACAAAACAAAAUUAACAUUGGGAAAACAUCCUAUCUUCGGUUUUGAAAAUGAGAAGAGGCUAGUAAAGCAUAUUUUGAAGCUUGGAGAAGCAGGAUUUCCUCCAGACAGACGAUCCAUACGAAUGCUAGCCUACCAAUUUGCCGAAAAGCUGAAGUUAAAACAUAAAUUUGACCAUGAAAGCCAAAGGGCUGGAAAUGAAUGGUGCAAAAGUUUUAUUGAACGAAAUCCAGAGCUGGCUAUCAGACAAGCUGAGGGUUUAUCUGUGGCUAGAGCUAAAGGUCUUAGUAGAGAAGAAGUGAAUAAUUUUUAUGAACUUUUGGCCAAAGUCAUGAUAGAUAAUGGCCUUUCAGAUAAACCGGAAAGAAUAUUUAAUAUGGACGAAUCAGGUAUUCAGUUGAACAAUAAACCCGGAAAAGUUAUCGCCAAGAAAGGCGCAAAGGUCGUUAAUUCAGUCACAUCUGCGGAGAAAGGUGAAACCAUGACAAUAAUUGCCUGUUGCAAUGCGAUUGGUAAUUUUCUUCCACCGGCAGUCAUAAUAAAAGGUGUGAAUAAAAAGACAGAAUUUGAAGAUGGACUUCCACCGGGCUCAAAAGUUUAUAUGAAUAAAAAGUCCGCAUAUAUUAAUACUGAGAUUUUUUAUAAAUGGCUAACGGAACACUUCAUUCCCCUCAAACCGCAGGGUAAAGUUCUACUUAUUUUAGAUGGACACUCAUCACAUUCAACUGCACCAGACAUGCUACAAGCUGCAGCUGACAACGACAUAAUUUUAUUAUGUUUGCCUAGUCACACAACUUCAGUUCUGCAGCCUUUAGACAGAUCGGUAUUUGGACCUCUGAAAACAUAUUUCAACCAUGAAACUAAUCAGUUCAUGCGCAUGCAUCCAAACAAAAAGAUCAGCCGUUACAAUGCUGGAGCGCUUAUACGCAAUGCUUGGCUUCGCGCUACUACACCUGCAAACGCUCUUGGUGGCUUUAGAGGUAGCGGAAUUUAUCCACUUGAUCCGAAUGCUUUACCAGAUACAACAUUUAUAAUAUCAGAUAUUGGGUUGAGCAGACAAAAUGCGGGCGAAUCUCGUGGACCUGAUGAAGGUGAUCCUCAAACAUCAAGAAUCCUGCCUCAGACGUCUUCUUUGUCAUAUCAUCAUCCAGAGCUGGACAAUACAAGUGAAACUGUGGAACUAUGUGUGCCUGUCGAAGCUGAAAGGAGAGCACAAACACCCCUACCACAGACGUCUUCAUCGACAUGUUGUCAACUUAAUCCCGUUAAUGAAAGAGAAAAUAUUACUGGAUUAGACCAAAAUAAGACACCACCGAAUUCGAUACUGGCUUCAGUCCAUAGGGAAUCUCCGAGUAUUUUGAUUGAUCCUGAAGUUUUAGAAGAUAUAAGCAUUGUUGAUAUUGGUGACGAUACAAUUGAACAGUUUCUAGCUGGCAUAGAAGAAAAGGAAACGCCUUCAAAAAUUCUGGUCCAAGCAUCGCCAAUACCUCAAAUACCCUUGACUAUGGCUAAGAGGACCAAGCAAUCAGCAGAUAUUCUAAAUUCAAAAGAAAAAAUAAAAGAAAAGAAGAAUAUGGCUGAGAAGAAGAAUAAACGAGUUAAACCUAAAUUAGACAAAAGUAAUAAGACUGAGACUACCAAAGAAAAACGAAAAUUUAAGAGUACAAAUAAAAAAACUAAAGAAGGUAGUGAUAAAGAAAAUGAUACAACAGAUAGUGAUAGUGAAGAAACACCCACAACAACAUACUAUAAAACUAGAGGGAAAAAAACUCAAGGUUUGCCUGUAAAGAAAACAAAGAGGGAUAACCAAGAAAGCCCAAAAGAUACAGACGAUAACUAUUAUUGCAUAGAAUGCUUUGAUAGCUAUCAACACACGAAGUCAAAAUCUGAUUGGAUUCGGUGCAUAUCGUGCCAGAAGUGGCUGCACGAAAUUUGUACACUUUUUAGAAAUUAUUGCUCAAGAUGUGGCAAACUGAAAGCCCUUUCUAAUUCGACCUAAACUAAGGACAACAUUUAAUUAUGUUGAUUUUUUAAUUUCGUUAAAUUUUGAAAAUUUUAGAUAUUAGCUUUUUAUUAAGAAUUUUAAAUAUUAUUUUUAAUAUUACCUUGCUUGUCUGCUUACGCACAUUAAAAUUUAGAUUUUUUUUCUUAAAAAAAUGUUAAUAAGUUUAAUUAUUUUUAAGGAUACCAUUAUAAAAAUUACCUAAAUAGUACAAAUAAAACAUAUCAAAACUAUGUAUUAUACUUAUUUCAAUCUAUAGGGCGUCUAUCCUACAUCACAGGCAUCUAUCCUCCUCAGUAUUUUCAUAGUGAGGCAUCUAUACAUAUGGGUAGGCAUCUAUCCUCAAAAAAAUGAGUUUUCAAAAAUUCAAUUUAUGCAGAAUCUGUUAUUGUUAAAUCAACAAAAACGAGUCGUAUUGCUAGUACAAAGAUCAAACUUUUAAUAUUCAUGGAAAUUCUUUAUGAAAAACGUACAGUUUGAAAAUUAGAAAGCCUUUUCAAAAAGUGGGGCAACUAUCCCGGU